UUCAAUCUUGGAAAAAAUCUAAUAAUGAUAUUUUUAUUUUAAAUGAAUAUUUACAUAAUUCUCAAGAGAAAGUUUCUAAUCCACAAUUAUAUAAAAAAUUUCUUUGGAUCAUUGAAAAAAUACUUUACUACUGUCAAAAACUUAAAUUAAAACAAGAUAACAAAGUAUUUCUGAGAUAUAAAAAGUUACAAGAUAAUAUAGCAAAUUCAUCUAAUCCAAACAAAUACGUGAUCGAUCUUUUAUUAAAAUAUAGUAAAAUUGAUUUUAAACCACAACUUUACAAAGAGAAACCAGAACUUUUAUUUCCAAUUUUUAAAUUAGAAAAAUAUUUUAAGCAUAUUGGUUGGCAAAUUCCAGAUUAUGAAAAAUACAAUACUUAA